AUGUCGUCGUUAAAAAAGGAGUGUAGGAAUUGUUAUCGUAAUGGUGUCGAGUCGUGCGUGCCGGUGGAGAUUCCGGUUCCGAAUUUCGAAAAAUUGGAUCAAGAAAUUGCACGCCUUGAUCAGCAAGAGUCUGAAGCGGAUGCAGCGGAGGCUGCAGCUCUAGAGGCGCUAGUAGCGGCUCGUCGCAAGAAAGAUCGUCUUCGUCAACAAAGGAAAAUCCUAAAGCGUCGUGAACAAAAGUGGGUUGACGAUGCAGGCAAGUUUGUGGAUGACAUCGAGGCCUUGGAGGCAAUGGAGUGGGCGAAUAAGGAGGUAGCGACCUUGGAGGGUGGUCUUAUGCCUGGUACUCCUGCUUUGGAUUGGAGUGUCUUUAUGCCUACUUUCCUCGAGGGCGAUCCUGGGUUUGCUGAAGCUGUUGGUGAUACUGUGCCAGUUUCUGGUGGCAGUUCGUAA